AUGAGAGGACGUUUGCAGGAGGAUCCGAUUCUCGACGUUGCGGUCACACAAUUCUUGGGAACGGAUUGUCCUAAUGUGGUGAAGAGCAUCCGAGUUCUCAAAGACGAUGACCGCCUAUACUCCUUCAUCCCGUUCUACAAGGACGGAGACUUAUUCGCUCGUCUAGUUCAAUAUGCCGAAAGCAGUGGUGGGGAGGCUGGUAUGCCGGAGAAUGUCGCGAGGUUUUGGUUUCGGCAGGUGCUGCAGAGUUUCUUGCAUUUGCAUUCCAAAGGCGUCUGUUAUCGGGAUAUGUCUUUAGAAAACUUCAUGAUCAACGACGACUCCCUCGCUUUGACGGACAUGGGGUUGUGUUUGCGCAUUCCAUACAACCACUCCACUGACCCCAAUCAAACAACUGACAUUGCCAAUGGAAGCAUCCGCCGCUUAAUCCUGCCGCAGGGAACCUGUGGCAAAGCAAACUACCUGUGCCCAGAGAUAUUCGAGAACCAAGAUGCCUUUGAUCCCUGUGCGAUUGAUAUGUGGGGUACAGGGGUGGUGCUUUACAUAUUGCUUUGUGGCUUUCCGCCCUAUGAUACACCAAGCCUUGGCGAUGCACGCUUUGAGGUUAUUGUCAAUGGGCAACUCAUAGAUCAACUACAAGAAUGGGGCAUUCACCUCAGCGAGCAGGCCGGGGACCUGUUGCAGCGUCUUCUUCACUGUGAUCCCAAACACCGCUUGACUCUCGCACAAGCAUUGGAACACCCGUGGGUAUGCUUGGAGGAACUUGAACGCCCUUUAGUUGCAAUCGCUGCAGGUCCUGUUUCCUCUGCCUCCUCAAGUUCCAGAGAGGAGUUGGAUCAGCUUGCCGUCAGCGUGAACUAUCUGCAAACACAGUUCUUGGAAGAGUUGUCGGCCCACGGGCUCGACAGAUCAUCCAAUAUUUAUGCCAUUGAGAACCUUCAAGGUCCUCCAGGUGUCCUAAGGAAAAAGGGGAAAGCAGUUUUUAUGCCCAGUUGA